AUAUCGUGUACCAUGAAGGACUUUUGUCAAACUUUACCGCACGACAUACAUUGACUACUGCUUACGACAUACCUAACAUACCACAGAACUUUCUCCUCAUUUUAGACCACAGCGUUUCCUGGACUCCUGAUUCCUGAAAUCCAAUAACAUCGACUAGGGGGAAAGAAUGUCGGAAAUAGACGAGGGGUUUCUCAUCGCAGUUGAGGAGGCACGACAAAGCUUUGCUGAGGGUGGUGUGCCGAUCGGAGCAUGCCUGGUCUCGAAAGACGGAAAGGUUCUAGGACGAGGGCAUAACUCGCGGGUGCAAAAGGGCAGUGCCACGUUACAUGGCGAGAUCUCAGCACUCGAAAAUUCGGGACGUCUGCCGGCGUCCGCAUAUGCCGGUGCGACGAUGUACACGACGCUGAGUCCCUGCGACAUGUGCACGGGAGCGUGUAUAUUGUACAAGGUGGCGCGGGUGGUGAUCGGAGAGAAUAAGAACUUCGUCGGUGGGGAGGAGUACCUGAAGAAACGGGGCAUCGAGGUGAUAGUCUUUGAGAAUAAGGAAUGUAUGGGAUUGAUGGAGAAGUUCAUAAAUGAGAAGCCCCAUGUUUGGAACGAGGAUAUCGGUGAACCAUGAGGACCGAGUACGUUGGUCAUUUUCAACCGUGACGGCCGAGUUCUGCACUCUUGAAUGUCUCAGACGCCACCAACGUAUGCACUAUCUAACAAAGCGAUAUGCCAUCUCAUACAUACAAGGAAUUGAAGUCUGUG